AACGUACGUCUUUUACUUCCACCACCGGCAGCACCGCGCACCAUGGCGCGCCACCGUUACUCCCCGAGCCGCUCAGCCGCCAUACAGAGCGAGACAGCCGCUAGAGCUGCCCCGUACGGUUCCCACUACGGAGAACCACACAGGUUUGAUCCUUCCUUCAGAGGUCCAGUCCGCAGAAGAAGCUGCACUGAUAUUGUAUGUUGUUUGAUUUUCAUCAUUGUCGUCCUCUCAUAUAUGGCCCUGGGGAUAGUGGCUCUCUUUGACUGCCGCCAUCAUCCGUUCGCGUUCCAGGAAUGUUUGAAAUCUCAUAAUGAUAGGUCUCAGAGGACGGUCCUCAUCUGGUAUGGGUUCCAGCAACCGGUGCACUCGCUGAAGUUCAUUUUCAGCCAGCUCCACUCCAAGCACUUCUGCGACCAGCUGCCUGACAUAUUCCUGUGGCUUACCCUCUUCCAGUCGUUCCUUAACGCCGACAAGUCGCAGAUUGAGUCGUCUAUCCCGGUUCGCUGCAUCUUGAUGCUGGAGGUGAAGCUGGUGCAGGUCCUCCUUCAUCAUGCUGACCAGCUUGGCACUGCUGACCUUCCCCAUGUCAUUGCCGCCACAGUGGAUGAAGAGGACAUCUGGUGCUGCUCUUCCUCGCAGGGAGUGGGAAAAGAAGGAGAGAAGGCCUCUCCACUGCAGUCCACCCCAGCCAAACCAGCAGACACGGACGCCCGGCAUACUGAGUGUGCUUCCCAAGGUCUCUGCAGCUCUCUGGACACCACGUCGGACAUAGCUGUCACCAGUGCUCCACACUGUGCACAUGAAAGAGCUUCAAAUCCACUCUUCAGAAAUGGACGGGUGACGUCAAGGAAGAAACCCAUGCUAUUCUAUUUCAACAUCUUGAGAUGUGCCAACCCAUCUGUACUCAUCAACCUACAGUGCCCUACAACUCAGAUGUGUGUGUCACAGUGUCCUGACAGGUUUGCCACCUAUACUGAGAUGCAGCUGCAGAACAAAUUCAGCAAGAGUUACUGGGAAUACUACAGACAGUUCUGUAAGCCUGGAUUUAACAACCCUGACAAGCCAGUAUCUCAGGUUCUACGAGAUGAGGACUGCCCCUCCAUGAUUGUGCCUAGUAGACCAUUUUUCCAGAGAUGUCUCCCAGACUUCAUCAUUCUGAAUGGGACUGUGACUGUAGCUAACAGAACCAGCUUUAAGGAUGCUUUGGAAAUGGCACACAGUGUUACUGAACUCCAACAUGCUGCCAAGGGUAUAAAAGGACUACUGGACACUAAGGAGCUGGGCCUGAAGAUAGUGGAAGAUUAUGCCAAGUCAUGGGCAUGGAUACUCAUAGGUCUGCUGAUAUCAUUGGCUGUUUGUCUGGUCUUCAUUCUGCUGCUGAGGUUUACAGCUGGAUUGCUGUUGUGGACUACCAUCAUCACUGUCAUACUGCUGUUGGCAUACGGUAUGUGGUACUGCUUCAUGGAGCUGGCCCAGCUGAGACACACACCAGGCUCUGAAGUUGCCAUUGGAGAGGUUGGCCUGCAGACUGACCUGCAGGUCUAUCUACAGCUUACACAGACGUGGAUCAUAAUAUUGGUGUCUCUGGGAAUGGCAGAAGCUUCCAUCUUUUUGAUGUUGAUCUUCUUAAGGAAAAGAGUGCGAGUGGCAAUCGCCCUGCUCAGAGAGGCCAGCAAAGCAAUCGGACACAUCAUGUCCACACUGUUCUUUCCAGUCAUUACUUUUCUCUUGUUGGCUGUUUGCAUCUCCUACUGGGCGGUUACUGCUGUUCAUCUAGCAUCCUCAGGUGAAGCGAUCUACAAAGUGAUGUCUCCUGAUGUGAGCUGCCCCUAUGCCAACAGUACCUGCAACCCCAAGACUUUCAACAAAACCAACAUCUCCAAAUCAGCAUUAUGUCUGGAUUCUCAGUGUCUGUUUGCCUUCUAUGGUGGAGAGACAUCCUACCACCGCUACCUCUUCCUGCUGCAGCUGUUCAACCUACUGGUUUUCUUCUGGCUGGUCAACUUUAGCUUGGCUCUGGAGCAGUGCACCCUUGCUGGGACAUUUGCUAGCUACUACUGGGCCAGGAGGAAGCCUCAGGAUAUUCCACCAUGUCCACUCUUUUCAUCAUUCAGCAGGACUGUCAGGUAUCACACAGGGUCUUUGGCAUUUGGAGCUCUAAUUCUUUCAGUUGCCCAACUGGUCCAGAUCAUCCUGGAAUACCUGGAGCAGAAACUGAAAGGUGUUGACAACAGCCUGUCAAGGUUCAUAAUGCACUGCCUGAAAUGCUGUUUCUGGUGUUUGGAGAAAUUCUUACGCUACAUGAACCGUAAUGCUUAUAUCAUGGUGGCAAUCUAUGGCAAAAACUUUUGUACUUCAGCCAGAGAAGCCUUCUUCCUACUGAUGAGGAAUAUGGUCAGGGUUGCCAUUCUGGACAGUGUGACAGACUUUCUGUUGUUUCUGGGCAAAGUGCUGAUAGCAGGAGGAGUUGGUGUGGUUGUAUUCUUCUUCUUCAAUAGGAAGAUACCUGUUUUCCAGGAGGAAGUGCCUAAUCUCAACUACUACUGGGUUCCCCUGCUGACGGUGGUGAUAUGUGCCUACCUGAUUGCUCAUGGUUUCUUCAAUGUCUAUGCCAUGUGUGUUGACACACUCUUCCUCUGCUUCUGUGAUGACUUGGAGAGGCAUGAUGGGAGUUCAGAAAAACCCUUCCUCAUGUCCCCAGAGCUGCACAGAAUUUUGGGAAAAUCCAGUCAGUUGCAUUGAUAUCUAUCCACUGCAUCAGCAGCCAGUCUGGUCAGUCUUUAUCAAUCAUUUCUGCAGAAACAUCAGCAGGUUAAGUCCCUGAACACUGAACAAACAUGAGACUACAGAAGGACAAAGAUCUGUGCAACACUGUUACAGGGUCUGAUCUUUGUGGAGUCCCUUUUUUAUGCUGGUGUGAUGUUAGCCCUUGAACUUCAGGGGCUCAGGCUCAACUGCUAAACAUGUGUCCAAAAUGUCACCAAUAUUUAGUCCCUCCAAUGAGUAAGUGAGAAGAGCAUUGUUUCGUAUUGAGAUUCAGUGUAUGUAUUUGAAACUGCUUCCUCUGAACCUUUAAUUGUAUGUGUUGUGUGUUUUGAAUGAAUGUUCAAAAAACUUAUUUGCAUAAACUUCAGAGUGUGUGUAAAUCAUUGUAGAUGGAAGUGAGUGUGGCCUGAACAAAUGGAUUCACCUGAGACCAAAAAAGGACACAAACAUGUUGGUGUCUACACCUCACAGCCCAGUGCAGUGUGGAACUAGAGGUUCAGCCACAAGACCAAUGUGCUUGUUACAUAUUAAAACCUCACAUAUACUAUACAUAUGUAUACUAUCAAAUAUUAAUAUAUACUUUCAACAUAUUGUACCACAAUAGCCAGAAUUAUAACUAUAAUAUUAUUACUUUCAUUAAUGUUGUUGUAAACUACUGUCAUUACCGUCUGUCCUGCAUCUCUCUCUGUCUCUGUCUCUGUCUCUCUUUCUGUCUCAUUGUGUCAUUCGGAUUACUGAUAUUAUUAUGCUGAUCUGUUGUGUGCGACAUCUAUUGCACGUCUGUCCGUCCUGGAAGAGGGAUCCCUCCUCAGUUGCUCUUCCUGAGGUUUCUACCAUUUUUCCCCCCCGUUAAAGGUUUUUUUUGUUUGUUUUC